UCGAGCACCAGGGAGGAUCCCUUUCUCUGCUUCGGAUGCGUCCACGCCUUCCUCGUUCGUGCCAUGUGUUGUACCCCUCUACUAAAUUCUAUUUCCUUCAAUCAAUGAAAUGAUACACAUUCUUUGUGUAUUAAUGAAAAAGAUAAUGUAUAUAUUACUCUAAGGCAGCUUUAGUACAACUUGGGAGUACAAAGAUUUUUUUUACUUUCUCUUUUGAAAUGAAAUUCUGCUCCGCCUCUUCUUUCUAAAGAAAAAGAAAAGAGAAAUUCUCCCCCGCCUCCAUUCCACUCGACUCGACGCAGCCUGCAGCCAGAGAGUCCCAAACCCUAGCCUCGCCGGAAUGAGCCGCCCCUCGCCGGCGCCCGCGCUGGACGGCGGGGUCCUCCUCGAAGAGAUCCUCCUCCGCCUCCCUCCGCAGCCCUCCUCCCUCCCGCGCGCAUCCCUCGUGUGCACGCGCUGGCGCCGCAUCCUCUCCGACCCCGGCUUCCGCCGCCGCUUCCGCGAGCACCACGGCCGGAACAACCCACCGCCACUGCUCGGCUUCUUCGAAAAGGAAUUCCGCGUAGACAAGCCGCCCAUCUUCAACACCACGGCGACGGGCGAGCGGGACCGCAUCCCACCCGCGCGCUUCUCCGCGCCAUGGAGCCUGGGCGAGGGCUGGGAGUUUCUCGGCUGCCGCCACGGCCUCGCCCUCCUCAUCUGCCGGGCGCGCCGCGAGGCAAUCGUGUGGGAUCCCCUCACGGGCCACCGUCGCCGCGUCGCGUUUCCACCGGGGUGGAAGUCCGUCCAGAACGCCGCGGUGAUGUGCGCCGCCGCCGGCCAAGAUGGGCAUGUGCACGGUGACUGCCGGUUCUCCCCAUUUAGAUUGGCCUUGGUGCGCGGGGGUUCUAACGGCACACGCCAUUUUGCAUGCCUCUACGAGUCAGAAUCAGGUGUGUGGGGGGAUAUUGCUUCAGUAGAGACUGAACAUUCGACUUCGACUUGCAUUGCGAACCCCAGCGUCCUGCUUAGGAAUUCAUUUUGCUGGCUUCUGUCUGGAGGUGCCAUCCUGGAGUUUGAUUUUCAAAACCAGAGCCUUGCGGUUAUCCAGAAGCCGGCGGACGCUCAUGCUGCCGACUACUACUGGUCCUUUUACGUGGUACAGACAGAGCAUAGUAGCCUGGGCCUUGCUGUUUUGUCAGAGACAGAUUUUGUAAGCAGCAUCAUCCAAUUAUGGGAGAGGAAAUCUAACUGCGAUGGUGUUGUUGGAUGGGAGCUGCAGAAAACCAUUCAACUAGACGGGCUCUUUUCACCAGGACCGACCAUGGGGCAAAAUGCGGUGAUGAUGCAAGGGUACAAUGAGGACACCGAUGCGAUUUUCUUAUCUACCUUUUUCGGCAACUACAUGCUCCAGCUUGAGACCACACAGUUCACAAAUCUUCCUAAAACACGAAGAAAUUGCAUGUCUAGCAGGACCUUUUAUCCCUACAGAAAUUUCUACAUUACAUGUAAUUCCUUGUCUCUGUCUGUCAUGACUCCGCUUGUAUUGGCAUAUUCAGCAUGAGCUUUCUGAUGAACCGGUAGCAGAGUUGGUGGUCAAGAUGGUGGAGCUGAAAUGUCAAUUAAUUAGAUGAUUGUCCCAUUAGGUAUGCUAAUGUGCUAUGUUUGUUGAACAGGUUAUGUCGAUUUUGCUGUUUUAAUAUAUCAACAUUCGUAAAUAUGGACGAUUCAAAUGUUUUAUAUAGUAUUGGACCUGAACUAGUAGUAAUCAUUAUCAGAGAUCAGUUGAUGAUGCUGUCUUUGGACAAGUGAAUGAUGCUUCUGCUUCUACUUUGCUUUUGUUUAUCCAAUCUAUACAGUAUAUAUUAAUUGCUGUAGCUGUUCGUUUCCUUAUUUUGUUAGAGCGCUAUGUUGCUACUGUUGCAUAUUCUGUUAAUAAUUUCAUCACUCGAACACUCUUACAUACAUAUUGUUGGGCGGUAUAAAUUGAUCUCCCUAGCUGUUUGUUUCCUCAUUUUCCAUUCAGGGUCUUGUUCACUUGUUAUAUGACAAAUGCUAUUGAUUGUUUCUCGAGUGAAGUGUUUUUCAUAUUUCCCUGCAACUAACAUGAUAUCCUUAUUCCGGGCUUGUGCUUUGGGGAAUUCAGAUGCAAUGCAAGCUGCUUCGUGGAGCCACCUUAUUGUUCUUUUGACUGGGUGGCGGGCCACAUGCUCAAAUUAGUGACAUCUCAGAGAUGGUCACCACAGACCUGACAAUUUCAUUGUAUCUAAGCUGCAUUAGUACUGACUGUUGUUUCAUGUUUUAUUGUUUGCUCCGAAUUGUCGAGCUGGUAGACUGAAAUAUGCUGCAAGCCCUGCAGAUUAGCUAUUUAACUAGUAGGAAUUCAGUGACUGCAUGUCAGACCGCUUCAGUUCUUAUGUCAUGUCCUAGCAAGUGUGUACUGUUUUUAAUGGAGUAAUGAGUGGAACUGCCAAUAUCUUUCAGAUUUGAACUC